UCUUAGCAACUCGACUGUCAGAAUGAGAGUAACGAAAAGCACCGUGUUUUCAACAUUCAUGGGCCGAUUGUUAUAAUUCAAUGUGAUAUUGUGAACAUAUUGAUAUUAAGACAUACAGAAGAGCAGCUCGGUAAACAUUUACAGAAGAUGGACCCCAAAAUAGCAGCCAUUAUGGCCAAGCUGGAGAACAAGGAGAAGGAGAGACAAGUGACGCCUGUUGAUCGAGAAGAAGCAGAUAAACCCCCAACUAACCUGGAGGAAUACCUGCAGGCUGAGGGAUGGCGUGACUGGCCACACCCCGUGAGUGGACUUCCACCCUUGAACUUCAACAAAGAAGGAACUCUCCUUGGAUCCCAGGAGGACAUCUCUGACAUACUGAGAGAGGCAGCUCCCCUGGGUCUGCACAUGCUGGAGAAACUGGAGGAUAGGCUGAUGUGCCUCGAGGAGAAGCUGGUAUAUUUUGCAGAGCGUAUCGUCACUGAUAACAAGCGGGAAUCUCGUCUGACUGACAGGCUGUUCCACUCUCCUUCCAGAACAUUUAUGACGGAGGUGUCUGAAUCUGAUGCAGUCAAAUCACACAGCAGUGCUCGAGGACAUAAAAGUAUGGACUUUGUGGACUCUCUGAUGGAGACUCAUGACACAGUUGGGAAGAAAAGCCUGACUACUGCACCUGUUCCAGGAUUCCGUACUCAUGAUGAGAACUAGUGGAACUUACCAGGACAGCUCUGCAGGAGGACUCUCUGAUGGAGACCACCAUUACUCAACCAAGUCACUAGUGGAAUGACACAGGACUUCAAUUCUGGAUUCAAGAAGUUCUGGAAGAAGCUGUUCCUGUCGGAGGCAUCAGUAGCAGUGAUGCAGGACACGUUCUGGUGGGUGUUCCUGGAUCGCUUCAACAAAGAGAGAGGUUUCAAGAAGGACAAGAACCGACUGUUUGACAGAAUUGCUGACAGCUUUGUGGCAUUAUUUGCCAGUAUCCACAAAGACGUCAAAGACAAGUUCAUGUCUGAGUACCCAGAUUGUUUGGCUCAGUCUAUUUACUCUACAUACAUGGAGGCAUUUCCGGAAUCAGAAACCAAGUUUGAUGACCAGUUCAAGCAGGAGCUUGUCUAUCUCAUACAUGAGUGGGUCACUGGUCUGAAGCCUGUCCCCGGCACCUGGAAGCAAUGGGAUGAUGAACGGUUAAAGCCUAAAUUAGCCGGAGAUGAGGCAUCAGUUGCAGCCAAGCAGAUGAUGCAGGCUGCAGCACUCAACAAAGAAGUUGCUCUGUCCCUCGACAUGGAGUCCUUCAACAAGGUGAUGGACAAGAUGGGGCAGGAGUCAGGCGUGUCGUCGGGCACGCCACUGGGCAUGUCAAAGGAACUGACCAAGGUGACCAAUACCACCACACAGACCACACUACCUUCAAGUUCCCAGUCCAGGAUUCCACACGUUCAUAAAUCUCCUCCAAAAGAAUCUCAUCAGAUUGGCCCAGGGCGCGAGUAUGAGAGGGUUAAGUUCAACACGAAGGGUCGAAGUCCCCUCAUCUCUCACUAUCUUCACAUGAGACAACUGCGGCACUACAAGCAGGCUGGCAGAAAGGUCCGAAGGACAGAGAUAUCCCAAGUGCCUCCAGCAGGCCAGACGUACCAACAGUUGAUCCACAACACCCUGGCAUUGUCUGACGCCCUCAACAAGGAAUACCAAAGAAUUUGUGAAGAGACAAACAAUGAGAUCAAUGAGCUUGAGAGGAAGAAGCGAGACAUGAAUCGUGAGAUUGACGCCCUACAGAAGGAGUUGCUGUUUACACGGAAUCCUCUGGACCUGAAGAUUCUCAGUGAAAGAAUCAUGGAACUUAAGGACAGAGAUCGUAUGACCCCGCUACUGACGACAGACAGGGACACGCCCGAGUUGUCUGAUGACAGCAGCAUCAGUUAUGAUGACAGUGUGGAGGAGAAGGAAUAACAGCCGCAUCAGCAACACUUCUAGCAACACCCAUGGAUGUACAACCCGACAGACAUGAUUCUGAGAUCGACACACUCUGUCACCAACUCUGGACAGUCGUGGGAAACUGACCAUCUCAUUACCUGUCACUUCAAGGUUAUGAUAUAGCAACAUUCUGAAGAAAUCUUUUCAAAACAAGAAAUGGAAUCCAAAAAUAAUCAAAGAAGGCCUCAGGAGUGAUUCCUUCAUGUCAAGAUUAUUUUUUCUGAUUUGCAGUCAAAGGCAAGAAGGUGUUCAUGUUUGUAACCAAAGUUCUGUUAUUACGAACUCCAUUGUCAGUUCACUUAAAGACAGCUGCUCAAAUAACAGGUGUUUACAAUGACAUGAUAAAGCAAUAGCCUGCAGGCUGUUUAGCUCAUUUGAAGCAUUUAUACUAGCCUGACAUUUACAGUAAGUGUAAUCAAAUACUAAUGCCACAUUCUGUUAUUUUCUACUGGUACUUGUUUUACGUAACAAUAACACAAGCUGUCAACUGAAUCAUGAAAGAAACUUACAUUUUAUAAAUCCCUAUAUUUAGAAACAGUGUACAGAGAUCAUGAAAGGUCUGUAUACAAGUUAAACAUAUUGUUCAGAAAACAGAAAUGCUUGCUGUAUUUAGCUCAAACUUCAAUGCUUUAAGGGACCGUUCAUAAUUUAUGGCUAGGGGGGGUGAUGAUGAUUUUUAUGGAGAAGCAUGUACAAAGUGAAUGACCCCCCUAAAAUAUAUGUACAAAA